AUGCCUCUCCUAAACGAUAUCGAUUUGCUUAACCCACCAGCAGAGCUUGAGAAGAGGAAGCACAAGCUCAAGCGGCUUGUUCAGGCCCCAAACUCUUAUUUCAUGGAUGUGAAAUGCCAGGGUUGCUUCAAUAUAACCACUGUUUUUAGUCAUUCGCAAACUGUGGUGGUGUGUGGGAACUGCCAGACUGUGUUGUGCCAACCGGCAGGGGGUCGUGCCAAGCUUACAGAGGGGUGCUCUUUCAGGAAGAAGAGCGAGUUAUCUGUCACUAUACAUGGGAAUCUAUUAGGGUUUUACACUACGCUACAUUAUGCAUAUUUCAAGCUUUUGUCUGCUAGUUUGUGGAAAUUAGUUGAUGAACGUCUAGGCUUGCCUGGUGCUUCCUCCUACUUGAAUGGAAUUGAAGCUAAUGUAUGGAAUGGUGAUGUUAAAGUCCUUGCUGGUGGCUAG